UGUCUGCACCUGUCUGUCUGCACCUGUCUGUCUGCACCUGUUGUAUUGUGUUAAAUAUAAACAAUAAAUGUAUCAAUAAGGUGGAGAAAUCAAUGCCUGAAAUGUAAACAAGUCAACGGUGAAAUCACAUUUUAUUAACUUAAAGGAGAGACCUGUCAAUCAUCUGCUGUAAGAACAAAGUAAUCUGUAAACCGGUGUCAUGAAUGUGUUCUUCCUCCUCCUCCUCCUCCUCCUCAGGUGUGGUAGUCGGCGAGGACGACUGGACGGCCGACCCGAAGAGGAAGAGGCCCGUGAAGGGCGGCAGCCGGCUCUUCAUCGGCGCCGCCAUCGACGGGAAGUCAGAGUACUUCCCCACGCUGUCCAGCAGGAAGCUGGUGGCGGACGAGGAGAGCGUCAACAUGUUCUCUCUGGUCUACCAGGACGAGUUUGUGUCCUCUCAGAUCAAGAUCCCGUCGGACACGCUGUCCCUCUACCCGGCCUUCGACAUCUACUACGUCUAUGGCUUCUCCAGCCGCACCUACGUCUACUUCCUGACGCUGCAGCUGGACACGCAGCUCACGCAGAUGGACACCGGCGGAGAGAAGUUCUUCACCUCUAAGAUCGUCCGCAUGUGUUCCAACGACACCGAGUUCUACUCCUACGUGGAGUUCCCUCUGGGCUGCACCAAGGACGGCGUGGAGUACCGACUCGUCCAGGCCGCCUACAAGCAGAAACCAGGGCGGAGGCUGGCCCACGCACUCGGCCUGUCGGAGGACGACGAUGUCCUCUUUGUUGUCUUCUCACAGGGUCAGAAGAACCGGUCCAACCCCCCCAGAGAGACGGUGCUGUGUCUGUUCACCCUGCAGCACAUCAACCUGGCCAUGAGGGAGAGGAUCCGGUCCUGUUACCGUGGAGAGGGACGCCUCUCCUUACCCUGGUUACUCAACAAGGAGCUGCCCUGCAUCCACACGCCGAAGCAGAUCGGAGAUGAUUUCUGUGGUCUGGUCCUGAACCAGCCUCUAGGGGGUCUGAGGGUCAUCGAGGGGAACCCGCUCUAUGAGGACCGGACCGAGGGCAUGGGGGCCGUGGCGGCCUACACCUACGGGGAGCACACGGUGGUGUUCGUGGGGACACGGAGCGGUCAGCUGAAGAAGGUAGGAGGAUGAGGAACUGAUGAAGAUGUUUGUGAUUUUUUUAUUCUGGGACUCUCAAAACGUUGGAGAGAAAAACAGCUGCAUGAAUGUUUAAAAUGUAUGUUUUGGGUUCUUUGGCUGCUUCAGGAGCUUCUUCAUGUUUCAACAUCUUGAGUGUUUCUCUUGAGUGUUUCUCUUAUUCAUCGGUCCUGAAGCUGAUCGUCACGGUUGUUGUUGUGUUUCUAUUUCUUCUGUUAGAGCUCAGAGGUUCCUCUAGUCCUUCAUGAAACCUGACAGACGUGUUUACAGAACUCUGUUAACCAAUCAGGAUAAAGCUGUGAAGCUCUGAAAGACUGAACAAAGAAACACAGGAAGCAGCUGUGAAGAGUUUUAAUCAGCGUUGCUUUUCAAGAAACACCUGAUCACAGUUUUAUCUGAAUAUGAACAUCCAAGUGAUCCACUUCCUGGUUCUGUAGAGGUUCUGGUUCUGUAGAUGGUUCUGGUUCUAUAGAGGUUCUGGUUCUGAAGAGGUUCUGGUUCUGUAGAUGGUUCUGGUUCUAUAGAGGUUCUGGUUCUUCAGAGGUUCUGGUUCUGUAGAUGGUUCUGGUUCUGUAGAGGUUCUGGUUCUCAGGAGGAACUGACUUCAUGUCUCAUUUUCUCAUCUUUAAGAGGCUCAAAGUUACUUUUCUUCGUCCAAACUGGAACUUUUACUUCAUUAUUUAAAGUAGAAUCAUUUGAAAGUUUAACUCUUUAUUAAUAUAUAACUCUAUACUCUAUAACUCUAUACUCUAUAACUCUAUACUAUAUAACUCUAU